UGAUCGUGUUGAAUCGUGUUAGAUUUACAUUGACAUCACUGGACCACGCUGUCUUCAAGUUUUAUUUUAUUAUUCAUUUUUGUUAAAAAUAAAUAAAUAUAAAAAUGGUUAAAGUUGCUAAAAAGAGAUCAAGAAAAGUCGUUGAAUCAGAUUGCGAGACAAAUUCUUCAGAUGAAGAGUUACAAGAAGCAUUUGCUGCUGGUCGAUUAAAAACAGGUCUAAAUGUACCAUAUGAACAAGAAGUAAUACCAAAAAAAAAUGACACUGCUUCAUUGAAAAAGAAAUUGAUUGAACUUAAACAAACAUUACCAUGGAUUGAACGUUUGGACAUUGUAAAUCCUCCAGCACCAAUGGCACCAGAAUUGGCAUUGCAAUUACAGACACAAGCAGAUGCACGUGCCAAGCAAGCAAAAGGCAAUAAAAAAUUGCCACAAUAUAAACCAGGUGAGGAUCCAGUAUUGAAUGAUUUUAAAAGAGAAACAACAUUUCAUCGUCAAGCACAAGCAGCUGUUAUUGAUGCUAUUUCAAGAAUUAAAAAAUUAGGAAUACCAACAAUAAGACCAGAUGAUUAUUUUGCUGAAAUGGUUAAAACUGAUGAACACAUGCAUAAAGUACGUGAAAAUUUAGCUAAAAAACAAGUUGCUGCACAAAGAUCAGAAAAAGUACGUCAAUUAAGACAACAACGUAAAGUUGGUAAACAAAUGCAAAUUGAAGCAACAUUAAAAAAACAUGCUGAUAAAAAACAAGUGUUAGAUGAACUUAAAAAAUUUAGAAAAGGAGUGAGAAAAGAUCUUGAUUUUCUUGAUGAUAAAAAAAAACCAGUUGUAUCAAAAAAUAAAAAAAUGAAAGAUUCUAAAUUUGGUUUUGGUGGUAAAAAACGUGGAUCAAAAUUAAAUACAAGAGAAUCUGCUGCUGAUAUGUCUGAAUGGAGAAAACCAGGUAGACCUGGUGGACGUGGUGGUAAAAAUACAUCAGGUGGUAGAGGUAAACCUGGUAGCAAGCCUGGUGGUGGUAGAAAUUCAACAGGUGGCAAAGGAGCUAAAAGUGCAAGUCGACCAGGUAAAAAUCGUAGAGUUAACAUGAAAUCUAAAAAAAAAUAAAUAAUCUUGUAAUUUAGAUUUUUUAUAAUUGCAUUAUUGUUAAUAUUAUACCUCUUGGUGAGUUUAAAA